CAAAACAAAAUAAAAACCUCUCCAUUUUUUUCUCCCCCAUUUCGCCUUCCUUCCUCUCCUCGGGGUUUUUGUCCACAAACGAGCGGCUCGCCUGCGCCGCGUGGAUUCCCCUUCCCGCCGAUCCGGCGAUGGAUUCGGCGGCGAGAGCCUCGCAGUCGGCGGCGCCGCCGCCGCCCGGCGCCGGGGUCCGCGUCCGCGCCCCGCUGGUAGAGUCUGUCUCAUGCUACUGCAGAUUAGAUACUGGUCUGAAAACUGUUGUUGAUGCUAGAAAGUUUGUUCCUGGAGCAAAGAUGUGUAUGCAACCUGAUGUCAAACCCAACAAGUGCAAAUCAAGGGGCUCUCGUAAGGAGAGGAGCCGAACUCAAGCACCACUUUUGCCUGGUCUUCCUGAUGACCUUGCUAUUGCUUGUCUCAUACGGGUUCCUCGAGUGGAACAUCCCAAUCUUCGGAUAGUUUGCAAAAGAUGGAACCGUCUCUUAUCUGGGAAUUACUAUUAUUCCUUGCGCAAGAGAAACGGGAUGGCGGAAGAAUGGGUUUAUGUCUUUAAAAGGGACCGUGAAGGAAAGAUAUCCUGGCAUGCCUUUGACCCACUGCACCAGCUAUGGAAGUCACUUCCACCAGUUCCAGCAGAAUAUUCAGAAGCAUUAGGCUUUGGCUGUGCUGUUCUGAGUGGUUGCUAUCUGUACUUAUUUGGCGGUAAGGAUCCUCUGAGGGGCUCUAUGAGGCGUGUUGUAUUUUACAAUGCUCGGACAAACAAAUGGCACCGAGCUCCAGAUAUGUUACGGAAACGACACUUUUUUGGUUCUUGUGUCAUAAACAAUUGCUUGUAUGUUGCUGGUGGGGAGUGUGAAGGAAUACAAAGGACACUCCCGUCUGCUGAAGUUUAUGAUCCAAAUAGGAACAGAUGGGCCUGCGUUGCUGAAAUGAACAAUGGGAUGGUACCUUUCAUUGGAGUUGUAUAUGAUGGCAAGUGGUUCCUGAAAGGGCUUGAUUCCCAUCGCCAAGUGACGAGUGAAGUCUACCUACCAUCAUCCAAUUUAUGGUCAACCAUUGAUGAUGAAAUGGUUACCGGCUGGCGGAACCCAAGCAUUACCUUCAACGGAAAGCUCUAUUCAUCUGAUUGUCGAGAUGGCUGCAAGCUUAGGGUGUAUGAUCCAAACACAGGAACAUGGGCAAAAUUCAUGGACAGCAAGCACCACCUGGGCAGCUCGCGCGCCUUUGAAGCUGCAGCGUUGGUUACAUUAAAUGGGAAGCUUUGCAUCGUCCGCAACAACAUGAGCAUCACCCUGGUUGACAUCUCCGACCCAACGAUGAGCAUUGAGACUGACAGUGCACGCAUGUGGGAGACUGUUGCUCGGAAGGGCCAGCACAGGUCAUUCGUGGCAAACCUGUGGUCGACCAUCGCAGGAAGGAACCUGAAGAGUCACAUUAUCCAUUGUCAGGUUUUGCAGGUUUGAGGUCAGCCUGUUGUGAAUCUGAACAUAAGCAGACUAGUAGAAACAAUCCCUCCAUUGAAAGGUCAAUUAGAUUCCAUACCGAAAUUGUGGCAGAAGAAGCUCAUUGCCCAAACAGAUCUUUGUUCAUUAGAUUACCAGAAAACACCAAUUCAGUAUUCUGGAAAUUUGAAGCUACUCAUAAGGUAGGAGAUGGAUGCCGAAAACUUUUGUGCAAACUGGAAACUGAGAAGAGAACUUCCUUAAUAGUUGCGGUGAUAGGGGGGAGAAUAUGCAUCGGUGGAUAACAUUUCACUAAGUUGGAAUAUCCAUCUUCAGCCUCUCACUGUCACUGAUCACUGUACUUAUCUAUGUUGUAUCAUGCCCUCUUGGCAUACUGCUUAGUGUGCUUAAUGUUGGCUCUAUGUUGUAGCGGCAGAUUAGACUUGAGAGUAGAGAAGUAAUAAGCCUAUUGGUUACUGUACUUGAAAAAUCCGUAUGUCCUGGUAUCAUGUGCUGUAAAUCUUCGUAAUUACCCCUCCAACUCUCCAAGCAUUUCAUUGCACCAAUCCUGUUUCUCUAUUUAAUUUAAUGUUUAGAUGAUUUGAGCUGAAAUGAAGAUACUAUGAUUGAUUGAUUUCUA